GUAGCGUGUGGCUCUCUUCCCUUCUGCGGCCAUCGCUGAGGCGCUCGCAGCCAACAUGAAGUUCAAUCCGUUUGUGACUUCUGACCGGAGCAAGAAUCGUAAGCGGCAUUUCAAUGCGCCUUCCCACAUUCGCAGGAAGAUCAUGUCUUCCCCGCUUUCCAAAGAGUUGAGGCAGAAGUACAACGUGCGGUCCAUGCCCAUCCGGAAGGAUGACGAAGUGCAAGUUGUGCGGGGACACUACAAAGGUCAGCAAAUCGGCAAAGUAGUCCAGGUUUACAGGAAGAAGUAUGUCAUCUACAUUGAACGAGUACAGCGAGAGAAGGCAAAUGGCACAACUGUCCACGUGGGCAUUCACCCUAGCAAGGUGGUUAUCACUAGACUAAAACUGGACAAAGACCGCAAAAAGAUCCUUGAGCGUAAAGCCAAAUCUCGCCAAGUAGGAAAGGAAAAGGGCAAAUAUAAGGAAGAAACCAUUGAGAAGAUGCAGGAGUAAAGUAACCUUAUAUGUGACUUUAAAUAAAAACUUAAAAUGAA